AUGAUUGCGGACAAGAUGAAUGCUGAGAUGGCCAGCGUCGCAGCUGUCGACAAGUUCAGAGAUCUCAUUUAUGGGGACUUCUUGACCCGCGGCGGGGAUGUGAGCAUCUAUCAAAAGGUCGACAGCGAAGAAAAGUGUGUGAGUAUUUUUCAAGAAAUGCUGGACGACUACAACAAUAUGAUGCCAACAAAGAUGAACAUCGUCUUCUUCCGGGAUGCCUGCAUGCAUUUGUCAAGGGCCGCAAGAACUAUCCGACAGCCUCGUGGAAACCUCUUGAUGGUCGGAGUCAGUGGUGUUGGACGGAAAUCCAUUGCACGGAUUGCUGCUCACAUGGCAGACUUCCAGUGCUUUUCGAUUGAGAUCACCCGGACUUAUGGUUCUACGGAAUUCAAGGAGGACUUGAAGAACAUCAUGAACGGUGUUGCCAAAGGAGGAGGAAAAGGCGUUGUGUUCCUGUUCUCGGACACACAGAUCGUGAAAGAGUCUUUCCUGGAGGACAUCAACAACAUUUUGAACACGGGAGAGGUGCCGAACUUGUUUGCGCCUGAUGAGUUGGAGGGUGUGAUGGGUCUGAUGAGACCCUUGGCCAAGGCAGCUGGUAAGCCAGAGACGCGUGAUGCUAUUUGGCAGUACUUCGUCCAGGUGAUCCGAGAGAACUUGCACAUUGUGCUUGCCUUUUCGCCUAUCGGAGAAGGCUUUCGAGCUCGAUGUCGUCAGUUUCCCUCCAUCAUCAACUGUGCCACGAUUGACUGGUUCAGUCCAUGGCCUGCAGACGCACUGUAUUCUGUUGCUGAACGCUACUACUCAAAGGCUCCCAAGGAGCUUGGCCUUGAGUCAUUGGUGGACCAACUCUCCAGAAUAUCGCAGUUUAUGCACAGUACAUCGCAAGAUGGGGCGGAAGACUUCUUUGAGCGUCUUCGCAGAAGAACAUAUAUGACUCCAACUUCAUACCUCGAGCUCAUUGGUUUGUUCACAGAUUUGGUUGGCAAGAAGCGAGGAGAACUCACCACCAAGCUGGAGCGCUACACCAUCGGCUCCAAGACUUUGCAUGAAACAAAAGCUGUGGUCGAUGAACUCAAGGAUUCCCUGGCAAAGAUGCAGCCUACGAUUGAACAAGCCAAAAAGGACACAGCCGAGCUUAUGGUGAAGGUUCAAGCUGAUCAAGAAAUUGCUCGUGAAAAGAGCGAGGCUUGUGCAGUUGAUGAGAAAGCUGCAUCAGAGGCUGCUGCAGAGGCCAACGCCAUCAAAACCGACUGCCAGAAAGACUUGGACGAGGCAUUGCCUGAAUACUAUGCUGCAAUCAAAUCCCUCGAUGCUUUAGACAAGAAGGACAUUCAGGAGGUGAAGUCCUUUGCAAAGCCACCGCCGCUCGUAGAGGUGGUUCUAAGCGCGGUUUGCCUCCUCCUUGGUGUGAAAGAGAGCUGGGAUGAUGCCAAAAAGCUCAUGAAUGAUACAAAAUUCUUGGACAACCUGAAGUCCUACGACAAGGAUGCACUGGCUAUGAAUGCAAAGCUCACCCAGAAGCUCCAGAAGUACAUCAAGAGGGAAGACUUCGUGCCCGAAAAGGUGAAGAGUGUCUCUGCAGCGGCAACAUCACUGUGUAUGUGGGUACGAGCUAUGGAUAUCUACGGCCGGGUUUCACGUGAGAUCGAGCCCAAGAAGGCCAAGCUGAAAGUUGCGGAGGAUUCCCUAGCUUCAGCAGAAGAGAAGCUUGCCAUCAAGAAGGCAGAACUUAAGUUGGUCAUGGACAACGUUGCUGCGCUCGAGGCCCAACUUGCUGCUGCUCAACGCAAGGCCGCCCAGUUGGAGGCAGAUGCGCAGGACUGUGUGGUGAAGUUGGACCGCGCCGAAAAGCUCUUGGCGGGUUUGGGCAACGAAAGCGUGCGUUGGAAU